CCGCCUCGGUCCCGGCUGCGGCCCCUGCCGGUUACAUAACUCGUUGCGGUCUCCGCGCGGCCCCACUUCCGGCUCCCUGCGACCCCAGGAUGCGCUGAAGCCCACGGCGCCGUCCGCUGCCACCGGCUCCCGCCCAAGGUGUGAAUGACAGAGGUGGUGCCGUCCAGCGCCCUCAGCGAGGUCAGCCUACGCCUCCUCUGCCACGAUGACAUAGACACUGUGAAGCAUCUUUGUGGUGACUGGUUCCCCAUCGAGUACCCAGACUCAUGGUAUCGUGACAUCACCUCCAACACGAAGUUCUUUUCUCUUGCUGCAACCUACAGGGGUACCAUUGUAGGAAUGAUAGUAGCCGAAAUAAAAAGUAGGACCAAGAUACACAAGGAGGAUGGAGAUAUUCUAGCCUCCAACUUCUCUGUUGAUACACAAGUUGCAUACAUUCUAAGUCUGGGAGUAGUGAAGGAAUUCAGAAAGCACGGCAUAGGUUCUCUUUUACUUGAGAGUUUAAAGGAUCACAUAUCUACCACCGCCCAGGACCACUGCAAAGCCAUCUACCUACACGUCCUCACCACCAACAACACAGCAAUAAACUUCUACGAAAACAGAGAUUUUAAGCAGCACCACUAUCUCCCCUAUUACUACUCCAUUCGUGGGGUCCUCAAAGAUGGCUUCACCUAUGUCCUCUACAUCAAUGGUGGCCACCCUCCCUGGACCAUUCUGGACUACAUCCAGCACCUGGGCUCUGCUUUAGCAAACCUGAGUCCCUGCUCCAUCCCACAUAGGAUUUACCGCCAGGCCCACAGCUUGCUCUGCAGCUUUCUGCCAUGGUCAAGCAUCUCCACCAAGGGCGGCAUUGAAUACAGCCGGACCAUGUGAUGUCAGCCGGGCAGCCUCGAACAGGUCCCACCCCUCGGCGCCCUGCGGAGCCCACCUUCCUAGCCAUCUGACCUCAGCUGUGCUCUGCAGAGGAGCUGGCCCGUUGCCUGCUCCAGCUUGCAGGCCCGGUGCUACGUGGGCUCAGGAGCAGAGCGUUGUGGG